AUGUAUUGGUGCUUCUCUUUCAAAAUUGGACACUCUAAUAAACUCAAGACUAUUAGAGUGGUGCAUUUAAAUGGCUAUGUAGAAGAUUUUGAUCAUCCUAUUAGUGUUAGUGAAGUCAUUGGAAAACCCCAAAAGCACUUUAUGUUCACUCAAUCCCAACUUUUAUCCACUUGUUUACAACCUCUCAAGCUUGAUUACAUGUUGCAACAAGGCCAUAUUUACUUUUUAUUACCUCAUUCAACUUUUCAAUCUAAUAUAUCUCCUAUUGAAUUGGCUCCAAUUGCUAGAAAACUUAAUAGGAUAGCCAAAAAUCCCAUGGUAUAUAAUAAGGACAAGUCAAGGAAGAAAAAGUCAUGGAAUGGUAGUACUACUAGUAGCCCUAACCGGUUUUCAGAUGAGAGUAUUAGGGUUGAUCCAGAGAAAGAGAAAGAACGACUUAUAACCUAUGGUACUAUGGGACUACGAAUAUCGAAAAAGUCACCAAAAUGGGAACCACUUCUGGAUACUAUUCGAGAAAGAUCGUUUAAUCGGAGGAGUGAGUCUGAUCUACAAGAGAAAAAAAUUGAAGGUGUGAAGUAUAUAUAG